AUGACUGUCCACAACUUCGAGACCGCGGACGCCUUCAAGCAGGCUGUCAAGGACAACAAGAUCGUCAUGCUCGACUGCUUCGCCACGUGGUGCGGGCCUUGCAAGGCCAUUGCCCCUAUCCUAGCCAAGCACUCCAACGAGGACGAGUUCAAGGACAUCCUGUUCGCCAAGAUUGACGUCGACGACCUGCCCGAGCUGGCCCAGGAGCUCGAAAUCACCGCCAUGCCCACCUUCAUGAUCUUCAAGGAUGGCAACAUGAAGCCCGCCGAGAAGCUCGUCGGAGCCAACCCCAACGCCCUCGUGACCAUGCUGCAGAAGAGCAAGGCCUGA